CGGUGGGAGCGGAGCGGGCUGGAGGAGCUGCCCGUAGCGCGAAUCCCCUUUCUCCCGGGCACCCCAGCGGCGCGGCGCCUCUAUCCCCCGGGAGCGGCCGCGGAGCCGGGUGCCCGUCGAGCUCCGACCCCCGUGCACGCGGCCGCCGAGCCGCGCAGGAGCCACCCGCCGCUGGGACGAUGCUGACGGGCGCCGCUGACCUGGAGCAGGAGAACCAGGAGAAUGUACCCCCCGGCGGCAAAGCGCGGCCGCCCGCCGCCGCCUCCGGGGCCCGCCCGGUGCUGGCGCUGCUGCGGGGCAACCAGCGCCGCCCGACCCAGCAGCAGGCUGCUCUUGCUCACGCACCCUGGAGUAUUAAUGAUGAAAACUAUGGCAAAGUUCCAGCUGGGAAAGCUGGUAACAAACAGCCUGCUUUUGCCAUCCAUAUGGAUGAGCCUGAUGGGGAGAGACGAAAGAGACAAGUGGUUCCUAAAAAGGCUGUGUCCCAUGAAGAGGUCCUAGGCUUAAAUACUGCUGUAACGUCAUUAGGAGACAGAAAACCCUUAGCACCCCUAGACAAUCCAAUGGAUCUUAGUUUUGAUUCUCCAAGUAUUAUGGAUAUAUCAGUAACUCAAGAAGUGGAAGAAAAAGUAAAUGUUAACCAGGUGCCAGACUACAUUGAAGACAUCUAUACAUACCUUAGGGAAAUGGAGGUGAAAUGCAAGCCUAAAGUGGGUUACAUGAAGAAGCAGCCUGAUAUAACAAACAAUAUGCGAGCUAUUCUUGUGGACUGGCUGGUGGAAGUUGGAGAAGAAUAUAAAUUACAGAAUGAAACUCUGCACUUAGCUGUAAACUACAUUGAUAGAUUUCUUUCCUCAAUGUCUGUGCUGAGAGGGAAGCUUCAGCUUGUGGGGACUGCAGCUAUGUUGCUAGCAUCGAAGUUUGAAGAAAUCUACCCUCCUGAAGUAGCAGAAUUUGUUUACAUCACAGAUGAUACCUACACCAAGAAACAAGUCCUAAGGAUGGAGCACUUAGUGUUGAAAGUCUUGUCAUUUGACUUGGCAGCUCCAACAAUAAACCAGUUCCUCACUCAGUACUUCCUACACCAGCAGACUAAUGUUAAAGUGGAACAUUUAUCAAUGUAUCUGGGGGAGCUGAGUUUAAUUGAUGCUGACCCAUACUUGAAAUACUUGCCAUCACUUAUUGCUGCUGCAGCAUUUCAUCUAGCAAGCUAUACAAUCACUGGACAAACCUGGCCUGAAUCCCUGUCCAAAAUGACAGGAUAUACCCUUGAAAGCCUUAAGCCUUGUCUCAUGGACCUCCAUAAGACCUACCUCAGAGCAGCACAACACACACAACAGUCUAUAAGAGAGAAAUACAAGAGUACAAAGUACCAUGGAGUAUCACUCAUUGAUCCACCAGAGACACUAAAUUUAUCAUAACAAUCAAGAGACUCUUAAAUGUGUAUUAUACUUGCAAGCAAAUGAUGUACAGUUUUAACUCUGGUCAAUAUUUUAGAUGUCUUACAAUCAUUUCAGUGGUAACUUGAAAUUAUGAAGUUUGUUAGUUUUUAUAUGGUUUUAAUGUAAAUCUUUUUGUACAUGCAAUCUUGUUCUAAAUAUUUAGCUGGAGCUCUUUUAUAAAGCUGUUCUGUUCAAAUAUUGAAUUAACCAUGAAGGUGAACUGUUAAUGUUUGUUCCAAAACUACUAGAAUGUCCAAUUAAGGAGCAGUACAUUAAAAUGGACUUUUUUUUAUCUUUUUGGAGUGACUGAAAGGCAAAGUGGUAAAUCCAGUUAUGCUGAACAAAUUACAAACUUGACAACUAUUUGUGGCAAUAUAAGAUGCUACUAAGGUUUAGUUUCACUUGAGUUUAGAUCAAAUCUUUGGCUUUAACUGUCAUACCGCUAGAACUGAUUUGAUUUAACUCUUAUAUAAAAAAUUAACCACUUGGGAGAAAUUGAACUGACUUUAGUAGCUUGCAGGAAUUAAAUUCGGACUUCUUUCAAAAGCAGGCUUUCUAAUUUAGUGCUCAAACUAUCAUUAAGUAGUAGUCUCUGAAGCAGCCAUCUGAUAG